UCUCUUGUUUUUGGUUUUUCUUCCUAGUUCUGAGAAACUGGAGAACAUGGUAAAGAAUUGGCUGAUUAUUUUGGUCCUUUUUCCCCUGAAGCUCAUAGAGAAAUGUGAGUCGACCUUCAGCCUCACUGUCCCUCCCGUUGUGAAACUGGAAAAUGGCAGCUCAACUAACGUCAGUAUUGCCCUGCGGCAACCACUAAAUGCAACCUUGGUGAUCACUUUCGAAGUCACAUUUCAUUCCAAAAAUAUUACUAUCCUUGAGCUCCCCAAUGAAGUCGUGGUGCCUCCUGGAGUGAGAGAGUCCUCUUUUCAAGCGACGUCUCAAAAUGUUGGACAAGUUACUGUUUAUCUGCAUGGAAAUCAUUCCAACCAGACUGGCCCAAGGAUACGCUUUCUGGUGAUCCGCAGCAAUGCCAUUAGCAUUAUAAACCAGGUGAUUGGCUGGAUCUACUUCCUGGCCUGGUCUAUCUCCUUCUACCCUCAAGUGAUCAAGAACUGGAGGCGGAAAAGCGUCGUUGGUCUGAGCUUUGACUUCGUGGCCCUGAACCUGAUGGGCUUUGUGGCCUACAGUGUGUUCAACGUCGGCCUCCUCUGGGUGCCCUACAUCAAGGAGCAGUUUCUAUUCAAAUAUCCCAACGGAGUGAACCCCGUGGACAGCAAUGACGUCUUCUUCAGCCUGCACGCGGUUGCACUCACGCUGGUGGUCAUCAUGCAAUGCUGCCUGUAUGAGCGAGGCAACCAGCGUGUGUCAUGGCCUGCCGUGGGCUUCCUGGUGCUCUCGUGGCUCUUUGCGUUCAUCACCAUGAUUGUGGCUGCCGUCGGAGUGACCACAUGGUUGCAGUUUCUCUUCUGUUUUUCCUACAUCAAGCUGGCGGUCACGCUGGUCAAGUAUUUUCCACAGGCCUACAUGAACUUUCACUACAAAAGCACCGAGGGCUGGAGCAUUGGCAACGUGCUCCUGGACUUCACUGGGGGCAGCUUCAGCCUCCUCCAGAUGUUCCUCCAGUCCUACAACAAUGAUCAGUGGACGCUGAUCUUCGGAGACCCAACCAAGUUCGGACUCGGCAUCUUCUCCAUCUUCUUCGACAUUGUCUUCUUCGUCCAGCACUUCUGUUUGUACAGAAAGAAACCAGGGCUUCAGCCAGCAUGCACAGGUUCUGGCCACCAUCUGAGGCAGGGUUGGGCGCCAAGCUUGCAGCCGAAGGCCUUGCCCCAAACGACCAGUGUUUCUGGGAGCAGCAUGCAGGGCUGACCUUGCAGCCAGGAGAACCAAGGGCACUUUGCUGCCACCGCUGUAUUCCCAGAGACCAAGCAGCCAGGUGCUGUGGCCGAUGGACUCAGAGGUGCUGGUGCUGGCGGCAGAGGGGCAAGGACUUUGGGGUGAGGCCGUGGCACGGGGUCCUUUCUCUGAAGGCUGCUUUCCUGACACUCAUUCAAUGUCCUCAGCCGCAGUAGCAGCUGGCCAGGCCAUUCCUGAGCCCUGAGUACCCAUUGAUUGGCUCUGAAUGGGGUUCAUGUCC